CAGUGACUUCAGUUUUUCGGCAAAAUCAGCACUCCAGUGUAUUAUAUAGCUCAGUGCUCGAUACGAACUUUGUGGAAAUACCCCUCAUUACUUGACACGCCCUUCAAAGCCUCGGCUCAUCUCAUAACAUCUUUAGUGUUUUAGACGAUUUACUGAACAUUGUUCGAUCGUGACCACGUCGCUUCAACGCGUUUCUUUAAACCCGCUAAGCUUAUAUCCAGCGGAAGUUUGCUUCUUCUUAGGAACAAAAACAAAGUGAACAAGCUUAUGUGGGACAGACUGAAUCCUCCGUGGACACCUCCUCUAACCUUGUUGUCCAGCUGGAGACCGAGAGACUGGGGACAGUUGCAGAGAGGACACAGAGCUGCUGACCAAGAUGCUGAUUUGUUUCUGAUUCCGGUUUCAAAGAAGCUACGAGAACACGUGAAGGCUGCAAACUAGGAUUGUGAGAAGGAGAUUCCCAAUUGGAGCAAGAAUGUCUGAAAUAAUGAAGGUCGGAGCAGACAAACUCAGUCUGGUGUCCUCCAUACCUGCAGCAUCCUCCUCAGAACUGGAGCAGAAACAAGACAACAACGAUCUCAGUAAACAGCAGCCGUUGGUGGUUAAAGAAGAGGUUCCUGAUCUUUGGAGCUCCAGUUUGGACCAGCAGAACCCAGAACUCCUCCAGAUGAAGAAGAAAGAGGAGAAACUGAGGAUCCUCCAGGAAGGAGAGCAAUCUGCUGUGAAGAUUGAGCAUGAAGAGAAUCUGCAGUUAACUGAAGACAACAUUGACUCAGCUAUACCUGUGAAAACAGAACAUGGUCAAAAGGCCUGUGGAGAACCAAAACCAGACUGUAACCCAGAUCCAAAUACUCAAAAACAGCCAAAUACUGAUAGAAAUUCCUCAGACUCUUCUGAGACUGAAGUCAGCUUGGAUGAUGAUGAUGAUGAUGAUGAUGAUGAUGAUUACAAGUUUUUAGAUUCUUCAUCUGAAACUGAAGCGAGUGAUGAAACCAGGACAGUUCAGUCGGGGGUAAACAGCAGUGUGGGAGAUAAAACUGUCCAGAAACCCUUCAGCUGCCCAGAGUGUUUUAAACAGUUUACAUACCGAUGGUCAUUCCUGAAACAUCUGAAAUGUCAUUCAGGAGAAAAGACAGAUCAGAAGCAACCAGGAGACAAAGCUAAAGAGAAUACUUUUAUUUGUAAAGACUGUGGUAAAACUUUUAAGAAUCAUUAUCAUCUUACAUCACAUAUAACUAUCCACACUGGAGAAAAACCAUUUGCCUGUGCUGAUUGUGGCAAAGAAUUCAGGCUAGCACACGGUCUAAACCUUCACAUGAGAAUCCACACUGGAGAAAAACCAUUUAUUUGUGGUGAAUGUGGUAAAACAUUUCGCUACAAGCACGGUCUUGAAUUACACAUGGUUCACCACACAGGAGAGAAACCAUUUCAGUGUCAGGAAUGUGGUAAAAAAUUUGCCCUCAAAGGAACUCUGAAGACCCACAUGACAAUUCAUAAAGGAGUGAAACCUUUUGCCUGCAGUACUUGUGAUAGAUGUUUCAGACUUCGUGGUGAUCUUGACGCACAUAUGUUAACUCACACGGGCAUGAAACCGAUUGCCUGCAGUUAUUGUGGAGCCACUUUUACUCGGCAGUCAACUCUGACAAGACACAUUAGACGUCACACAGGUGAAACACCUUUUUUCUGUGAUAAGUGUGAUAGAAUGUUUCGUCGAAAAUCAGGUCUAAAGUAUCACAUGUCAACUCAUUUAAGAGAACACAAGAUAUCCAGUGGAAAAGGAAAAUGGGUGUGUAACGAAUGUGGAAAAAAACAUAUGCAAAAGGCACAUCUUACAGCACACAUGUGCACCCACUCAGGAGUAAAACCUUUUAGCUGCAGUUUUUGUAGUGUACGUUUUGUACGCAAGGAUAAUCUCAAGAUACACACAAGGAGAUUUCACAGUCAAUAGAAACUGCUCAUUUCAGGGUUUAAGUGUUUGAGAUUCAUCACAACAGUUUUUGUUUAUAAGACACCUCUGGACAGUUAUUUGUUUUACUGUGUUGUCAUGUUUCUUUAAUUCAAACAUAUUUACAGCAUGAGGGGUUUGUAUGAACUUUUAUUGUUGAGUUAAUUUAUUGCUUCUGAAAAUGUUUCUGCUAAUCCACUUUAGUUAAAACCUCCACAUGGUUGGCAUGUGGAGUUUUUACGAGAUAAGGGUGCUGUUCAUCUGGAUAAUCAUCGGAUCUCAUUUUUCCCAGAUUACACCAUUGAGGUACAACGCAAGAUGAUUGCUUUCAACAAGAAUAUUGCUUUCAAAUAUUUAAUAUUCCAGUCGCUACCCUGUUAAACUGAGGAUCCGACACGAAACAGGAUUUAAGUCAGGCAUCACCAACCUUUUAGAAACUGAGAGCUUCAUUGGUACUGUGUCAUACGAAGGUCUACCUGUACUGACCUUUGAAC